AUGGCUACGUAUCUACGUUAUGUAAGGCGGCUAGAUUUUUUUGAAAAGCCGGACUACGACUACUUAAGAAAGCUCUUCACAGACUUACUUGAUCGGAAAGGCUAUACGUUUGAUUAUGAGUAUGACUGGAUUGGCAAACAGUUGCCUAUUCCAGUGGGUUCAAUACAUUCAGACCCUGCGCUGUCCUCAAACAGAGAAGCAUAUCAGCACAGAGAUAAAAUGCAACAGUCCAAAACUCAGGUAGUAAGCUCAACAAAUGGAGAACUGAACACAGAUGACCCAACUGCAGGCCGUUCAAAUGCACCCAUCACAGCUCCUGCAGAAGUAGAAGUAAUGGAUGAAACUAACUGCCAGAAAGUGUUGAACAUGUGGUGCUGCUGUUUUUUCAAGCGGAGGAAAAGGAAAAAUAUUCAGCGCCACAAAUGA